AUGGCUGGAUUUAGCACCAAGACCUUGGUCCUGGUCUCCUUGCUUGGGGUCCUGGUUGUGCUCCUGUGUGGCACCUCCAAAGCACAAAGCAACCAGGACUGUUGCCUCUCUUACACCAAAGCACGUCUGCCUCGGUGGGCCCUGAAGGGUUAUACGGAGCAGCUCCCCGGUGAAGUCUGUGACAUCCAUGCCAUCAUUUUCCACACCUACCGUGGGCUGAAAGCCUGUGUCAAUCCUAAGGACCCCUGGGUGAAGAAGCACCUUCUUUUCCUGAGCCAUAAGCUGAAGAAGAUGUCCAUGUGA